AUCUGCAUGAUUUAGAUGCAAACAAAAAAGACCUGCUGCAAUGCAUGUACCAAGGUGGACAAUGUGAAGGUAACGACGAGCCCCACAGAUACUACAAAGACAUCCCAACAGAGCCUGAUGUCAUCUUACCUGCUUUGUGUGGAUAUAAAAGCUACUGUCUGUUAACUGGAGGACAUCAACCAACAAACUGCAAAGGACACUGAACAGCUGAGAAUCAGAACAUCACAACUUCAGUCCAUGCAGUGAAGACAAGUCAACGACUGAGACGCAAUCUAAAAGUACCUUCCCAUAAUGAUGAUGAUCUGUGUCCUCCUGCUUCUGUGUGUUUCCUCAGGCAACACACAGAUCACAGUUGCCCCAACCACAGCGGCCCCGGCAGCAGCAACCACAGUUGCCCCAACCACAGCGGCCCCGGCAGCAGCAACCACAGUUGCCCCAACCACAGCGGCCCCGGCAGCAGCAACCACGGCGGCCCCGCCCGCAACCACGGCGGCCCCGGCAGCAAUUACAGCGGAAGCAACCACGGCGGCCCCGGCAGCAAUUACAGCGGAAGCAACCACGGCGGCCCCGGCAGCAAUUACAGCGGAAGCAACCACGGUGGCCCCGGCAGCAAUUACAGCAGCAACAGCGGCAGCAACCACGGCAGCAGCCCCGGCAGCAAUUACAGCAGCAACAGCGGCAGCAACCACGGCAGCAGCCCCGGCAGCAACCACGGCAGCAGCCACAGUUGCCCCGGCAGCAACCGCAACCGCGGCAGCAGCAACCACAGUUGCCCCAACCACAGCGGCCCCGGCGCAGCAACCACAGUUGCCCCAACCACAGCGGCCCCGGCAGCAGCAACCACGGCGGCCCCGCCUGCAAUUACAGCGGACGCAACCACGGCGGCCCCGGCAGCAAUUACAGCGGAAGCAACCACGGCGGCCCCGGCAGCAAUUACAGCGGAAGCAACCACGGCGGCCCCGGCAGCAAUUACAGCGGAAGCAACCACGGCGGCCCCGGCAGCAAUUACAGCGGAAGCAACCACGGCGGCGCCGGCAGCAAUUACAGCGGAAGCAACCACGGCGGCCCCGGCAGCAAUUACAGCGGAAGCAACCACAGCGGCCCCGGCAGCAGCCCCGGCGGAAACCACGGCGGCCCCGGCACCACCAACAACUACAGCUGCCUCCUCUGCAGUCAUCAACAAAACAAGUUUCCUUUUAGUCAUUGCAGUCAUUACUGGAGUUAUUUGGAAUUAAGAAAUGGACAAGGGACUUAAUACCACCCAGUUUUAGACUUUAAGUAUCGUUUAUGAAGAGACUGAAGACUGAGACUUUGCAUUUAUUUAUUUCCAUGUCCUUAUGUCAUGCACUUUUUAAGCACUUUGACUAACAUGAUGUAUAUUUCGUUGACAUGAGACCAGCAUACAUACAACUUUUACUAGCUGCUGUUAUCAUUGACACAGAACCAUAUGAGCCAUAUACAGUGAGCAGAUCCAACAACAUGAACAGCUCUACGUAUAAUGUGACCAAAGAGAUAUUUAAUAUCCAUACUUCAUUUUGUCUUGUAUUCGAUUGCAUUACACUGUGGAAUUUACUGGAUGGAGACACUGUGCUGCACAAGGGGAGAUUGUUCUGUCUCAUCUGCAUGUUCAUACGCAUGUUACAGUAUUAGGCCGUGUAAAGUAUUCAAAGUAAUAAAGUAUGAAAUAAGAA